AGGAACGCAAGACAAAGUGCUAACAAGAAAAAUAUCUCCGCAGAAGAGAGGCAGAAAAAUAACGCACGUCGAAUGAAGUCUAGACAAAAUAUAGCACCACAAGAGAGGCAAGAGAUGAAUGCCAACAGAAGAGCACGGAGGCAGAGCAUACCUGAAUAUGAGAGGCAGGCGCUGCUAGCUAAGCGCAGGGCAAAUGCCAUGGCAAGGCGGAACACCCCUUGUGCCGAUUCGAUCGCAAUGCCGUGCCCAAAUGCAGCUUCUUUGGCAACGGGAAACCUCGCCAAAGAGGGAGAUGCUUCACCUCCUAUCUCUCCUUCAUGGAGCACGUCGGACUACACCAUUGGAACCGAAGAUGACAAAGAGGCCUUCCUUAGUAGACUCAUGGACGAGAAUGCUGUCCCCGACGACCUCAUGGACGACGAGUACUACCUAUAUGAUGCUGAAGGUUCUAGCGCUGAUGACACGGACCUCCAUGAGCCGACGGACUCGUCUGACAUGGGUUCUAUCGAUCCUUUCGACUUUGUGUACUCCAACCUCCCAGAGAGCACACACAUACUGAAGAAAGUCCCGAAUUGCUUACACUGCAAGGCCAAGAAGUUUGAGCGUGAGACCGAUGGCUUCUGUUGUCGAAAUGGACAGAUAAAGCUAGCUGAAUCAGAACCAAUCCCAGAGCUGAUGAGGUUAUGGUCUAGCGCGGAUGCGGACUCUCGACAUUUUCGGGAGAGCAUCCGAUUCUUCAACGGCCACUUCGCCUUCACAACCCUUGGUGUCAACCUUGACAACAACUGCACGAACAUGAGGUCUGGUGUUUACACAUUCCGAGCGAGUGGCAGUGUGUACCGCAACGUGCAUUCGUUCGGGCCAGGCUCUCGUCCAGAACAUCUGCAGCUGUACUUCUACGACGAUGACCCCAGCCUGACCCACCGGAAGGAAGCCACCGCGCAACUGGACCAAGAGGUUGUCCAUAAUUUGGUAAACAUCAUGAAAGGAAACCCCUACUCCGAGCAGCUUAGGAGUAUGGGGGCCCAUAGGGACGAACUCGAGGAUUACCGGAUAGAAUUGAACACCGACCAGAAGCUGGACCAACGGAGAUACAAUCUGCCUGUCUCAUCGGAGGUGGCUGCCAUCUGGGUCGAGGGCAGUGAUCUGACAAAUAGGUUCAAGCGUAGCAUUACCCUCUGUGGGAACAACAAUGAGAGGUAUAGCAUACAAGCCACACAUGGGUGCUAUGACCCGCUCUCGUAUCCCCUCUUCUUCCCGAAGGGGGAACUUGGUUGGCAUCCGAAUCUCCCUAAACUUGAUGUGCCGUGGCAUGUUGCGCAACUACCAAGACGGGGCCGUAAUGAUGAUUCAGAGGGGGGUGGUCGUUUAUGCGUCUCCGUCAGGGACUACUAUUGUUAUAGGCUACAAACACGUCCCGCCAUAUUCAACCCCAUACUGCAUGGAGGGCGCCUGUUCCAACAGUGGGCGGUUGACAUGUACAUAAAGAUUGAGGGAUGCAGGUUAGCAUGGAUCAGGAACCACCAGCCAGAGAUACGUGCUGACUUAUACAAAGGCAUUGUUGAUAGCAUCACGGCCGGGGAGACAAGAGCGAGCGCUGUUGGCACUAGGACAGUUCUCCCGUGGUCGUUCCAAGGGGGCAACAGAGACAUGAAGAAGAGGCAUAUGGAUGCCAUGGCAUUGGUGCAGACGUACGGCAAGCCUGAUAUCUUCCUGACGAUGACCUGCAACCCAAACUGGCAGGAGAUACUGGAUGAGCUGCUUCCAGGACAAACCCCGCAGGACCGACCUGAUCUUGUGGCUAGAGUAUUUAGGGCCAAGCUGGAGACGAUGAAAGAUAUGCUAACCAAGAACCAUAUCCUGGGUGUUGUGAAGGCGUAUGUCUAUGUGGUAGAGUUCCAGAAGAGAGGCCUCCCACAUGCCCAUUUCCUGUUGAUCAUGGAUUCAACAUAUAAGCUUGUUGUGCCAGAACAGUACGACCGUGUCAUAUCCGCUGAGCUCCCAGACAAGCAUAAGUACCCGGAGCUCUACGCCAUGGUUGUGAAGCAUAUGAUGCACGGCCCAUGCGGUGUCCUGAAGCCCAACAAUGUGUGCAUGCAAGAUGGUACGUGCAAGUGCAGGUACCCACGGGAGUUCAAUGAGACCACCGUACAGGGGAAGGACUCCUAUCCCGUUUAUCGGAGACGGCAAGACGGUCAUUCAGCUAAGGUCCGCGGUCAGAUGUUGGACAAUAGAUGGGUUGUGCCAUACAACCCUUACCUUCUGCGGAUGUUCAACUGCCACAUCAACGUGGAGGUUUGCUCCAGCAUAAAGGCCGUCAAGUACCUAUAUAAGUACAUAUACAAGGGUCACGAUCAAACCUCGUUCAAUAUAGACCAACCUGAUGCCAAUGGUAACAUAGACGAGAUCAAGAGAUUCAUUGAUGCAAGGUGGAUUACUCCACCGGAGGCGAUGUGGAGGAUAUUCGGCUUCACCCUAUGUGAGAACCACCCAGCAGUCCUACAGUUACAACUGCAUAUGCCGAAUAUGCACAUGGUCACAUUCAAAGCAGGAGAGAGCCUGGAUGAUGUCCUCGCCCGUGAUAACGCAUCGAAGUCUAUGCUGACGGAGUAUUUCGCGGCUAACCGGGAGCACGAGUGGGCUCGAGAUAUUCUGUACAAGGACUUCCCAGGAUGGUUCACAUGGCAACAAACAAAAUAUUGGAAGCCAAGAGAAAAGAGCUUUCAAGUGGGCCGAAUUGUGUCAGCCAAUCCUGCUGAGGGGGAGCGGUACUUUCUAAGGGUGCUUCUAAACCAUGUACCAGGCUCGCAGUCCUUCGAAGAUCUAAAAACUGUGGACGGUGUGCUAUGUGAUUCCUUUCGUGUGGCUGCCGAGAGGAGGGGUCUCAUCGAGGCCGACAACACGCUCGACGAGUGCCUUACGGAGUCAGAGCAGUGGGCCAUGCCAGUCUCGCUGAGGAGGCUCUUUGCAACGAUAUUGGUAUUUUGCGAGCCAGGUGACGUGCGCGGUCUUUGGGAUAGACACGUGGAGGCGAUGUCUGAUGACUUCAGGCGACGUCUCAUGUGCCCAAUCGCGGUGGAGCAGGAGGUGUUGCUUGAUAUCAGGGGCAUGCUGGAGUCCAUGGGUGGAGGCGGUGAUUCCAGGGCAGUGUACCAUCGCACAGAGUCGACUACAUCAUACACGAAGGAGUUCUGCUUCCGCAGCGUGCUGCUCGAAUCCGCUUCCUUCUGCUGCUCAAGGAGAUGGGAGACUGUGGAGAGUUCACUAUGAUGGCAACCCCCGAGGGAAGGUGAUGACGACCUUUUUGGUGACCAGCUGGCGACCCUGACGACUUCACUUGGACUUCCACCACCUGAGUUCAGGGGAAAGCAACUACCACCCACGGCACCUGGAGAUCAUCGUUGGAUCAUAGAGGGAAAUGUGAGGGGCCGACUUGUCAGGACAGAGACACAAGAUAUAGUCUUCUACAAGAUGAGCCCCAAUUGGGAGAUUGGCGUAGAGAUGGCCAUGCAAGAGGCACUGGCCCGCACUGUGCAGACUUACCAACAUGAGAUGUCUCAGGGUUCUUCUUUUUAUGCCUUUGGGAGGCGCUUUGAGGAUGGGACAGCCAACAGGACUGCUGGAGAUCGUGUAGGUAUGGAUUACAGGGUUAUCCAGAUGGAGGACUUGGAGUGCCACAUCGUCAACUUAGAGGAAAGCCUUACUGCUGAAAUGAGAAAGAAUGAGAAUUUGAGGGUUACCAUAGAGAAGCUGAAGCGGGGAAAUACAGAGUUGACCAUGGAGCUCUGUGAUAUGGAUGACAAGCUGAUUGCGAGAGAUACUGAGAUCACUGAACUGAAGAAUGCAAUGACGCCUAAGGAGACCCCAGCAGUCCCACAUGACCAGGAUACGCAGAAUGAAGAAGAAGAUCCAGAGGAGCGCAUUGCUUUUAUGCCAAAUGGAGAGGAGUUAGAGAUCGUCUCUGAGGAGGAGGAUACUCCCACGGGGAACACUCCACCCCAUCAACGUAGGACCAUAAGCACCAGGACCUACCAUGCUCUUCUCAACAAGUGAUUAGAUUGAUCGACCACCAUUUGCGUCUUAGUGAAUUUGUUACACAAGUUGAACCUUACUUCUUAGGACCAUUUUGUAAUGUUAAAAUGUAAGAGUUCCAAACAGAUUUAAUAUAUGUGCAUUUGAAGUGAUGCCAAUUAAUGUCAUUAUUUAUUCUAGCUA